AUGAAUAUAAGCGGAAUAUUUACAGUGAAGAAAGCUACAAGGAGUUCAGAAUUUCUGAACCCCGAAAAUCUGAAAUCAAUGGAUAUAAGCGGAAUAUUUACAGCAAAGAAAGCUACAAGAGGUUCAGAAUUUCUGAACCCCGAAAAUCUGAAAUCAAUGAAUAUAAGCGGAAUAUUUGCAGCGAAGAAAGCUACAAGAGAUUCAGAAUUUCUGAACCCCGAAAAUCUGAAAUCAAUGGAUAUAAGCGGAAUAUUUACAGUGAAGAAAGCUACAAGGGGUUCAGAAUUUCUGAAUCCUGAAAAUCUGAAAUCAAUGAAUAUAAGCGGAAUAUUUACAGCGAAGAAAGCUACAAGAGGUUCAGAAUUUCUGAACCCCGAAAAUCUGAAAUCAAUGAAUAUAAGCGGAAUAUUUGCAGCGAAGAAAGCUACAAGAGAUUCAGAAUUUCUGAACCCCGAAAAUCUGAAAUCAAUGGAUAUAAGCGGAAUAUUUACAGUGAAGAAAGCUACAAGGGGUUCAGAAUUUCUAAACCUCGAAAAUCUGAAAUCAAUGAAUAUAAGCGGAAUAUUUACAGCGAAGAAAGCUACAAGAGGUUCAGAAUUUCUGAACCCCGAAAAUCUGAAAUCAAUGGAUAUAAGCGGAAUAUUUACAGCAAAGAAAGCUACAAGAGGUUCAGAAUUUCUGAACCCAGAAAAUCUGAAAUCAAUGAAUAUAAGCGGAAUAUUUACAGUGAAGAAAGCUACAAGGGGUUCAGAAUUUCUGAACCCCGAAAAUCUGAAAUCAAUGGAUAUAAGCGGAAUAUUUACAGCGAAGAAAGCAACAAGGGGUUCAGAAUUUCUGAACCCUGAAAAUCUGAAAUCAUUAUGA